AUGUACCAAAGCAGAACAAUGGUAUCUUUUUUGAUGGCUGCAACUCUUUUUGCGUUGUAUUUGUUUCCAUUUGGGGCCCGAGGAGACGACCCGAGGCGGAACGAUAAAUUAGUGGAGGCCCUGAGAGCAGAGUUUACGUCAUCUGGCCUCGCUGCACCACCCGAGCCACCGUCCGAUUUGGGUGUGCAUGCGACUUGCGUAAAGUUUGGACUCGCGUGCUCCGACGCGUAUGUGGACUUUCUUAAGGAUGAAGUCGCAAAACUGCAUGGCACUGCCGGUGGGAUUCCUCCUUCACAGGCAGAGAAGCCGAAGCGAGUGCCACCAACCAGUGCAGGUAAGGAACGACGAACUCCGAAGUCCCCAGUGGAGGAUAACGAUCCCACGCGUGACGUAAAACUGGAGAAGCUACAGCGUUUGCGAAAUGUGUAUCGUGAUAAAUUGCUGGAGCUACAUUCGUCAGAAAAGAGGUGGGAAUGUUUCUUCACAAGGAUUAGCAGUGUAUUGAGUUCUUUAUUACUCUCUCAUGUUUCCUCGUUCGUGUUGUGGUUCUGGACUGCCUUUGCGCCUCAUGUUCCCGUUGCCAUGCUUCUCAUGGCGGUACUUACGUGGGUAUUUUUCGGCACUCACAUCCCCAACGAGCACAUUUGCUGCCUUCGUGCUGCGAGACCUGCAUUCGCAAUGGAUCAACUCCUUGCCCGCAGUGCCCCUCCGAAAUCGGUUGCGAGCCUCGUGAUUGAGCGGGAGCGGUGCUCUGGUUAUGAUGAUUUCGGUGAAUUUAACGACUCCGCUACCGGUGCUUCAGCAGAGGGGGAGGUGCAAGGGCACGAGGUGGAACGCCGCGAUGAAUAUUGGGAUCUUGUGCGGUUUUCCCUGAUUGAAGCGUAUGACAUGUACCACGCGGAGGUGAUAGUCUUGAAGUUGAGAUUGGUGCUGAGUCUGUUGGCAUUGCUAAUGCUCAUUUGGAGCGUUAUUUCUCUGCCGCUGCAAACUGUUGAUCUGCAGAAUGGUGGAUUUGUAAAGACUCUGGUGUCCAGUGUUUUGCCGGAGUGGGUGCCCGCUGUGGCGGGGCUUCACUUUGCGUGGUCAUGCGUUGGUGGAUUGGUUGCUUUCGCCUGCUGGGAGGUGUUUGCCGCUGGCGAGAUGCUUUGCCGUUUGAAUGCGCGUUCCGCCACCAUGUGCGACAGCAUCCUUAAGGAAUGGAGUUGGAAACUUGAUGGAUAA